CUUCAUGAUCCUUAAAUCGAAAUAUACGAUGAAGUCUAUAUUAUCAAUAGUUUUAGGAACGAUAAUUGACAGUGAAGCCACUUGGACUAUCUUACAGAGUAGGUAUAUUUUAUAAACGAGAAAUUGUUGCUACCUUUAUAAAAAUUCUAAAUUGUAUUACAUGGAUACUAAUCCGCACCGCUUGUUGUAUUCGUUUAUUCUCACAGGUAUCAUCUUCUCUCCAUCACUCUUCCAGCGACCCACCAAGAGCUCAUGGGGACUGCUACAGAUAGGUUGUCUAUAUACUCUAGGAGACUGUCGUCUGGGCGGGGAACCCGAGAUGGCUCGAUAUGAUUAUUCUCCCGAAUGGGAGGACGAGCUAGAGGGCAAUAUCGACUUUGAGCUUUACGACGGGAUGAAUGACGAAAUGCAGCGUAUCGUGCAAAUGACUGGUGACAACGCCACUCUGGCUUAUGAGUUAAUAUCGCAAGAAAUACAAAAUAAGAAAGACCAAGGCCUCAUACACGAACAGACCUAUUCCCACGGCAUGUUUCACGAUGCGAUGAUCGCCUAUCAGACGCCUCGGAAAAUUAGCGUGGAUGAAGUGCGGAAGUUCGCAGAGCCCAUGAUCGCUCGUAUCUGGAAGAACUUCUAUGAGCUGCAGAGUAUUAUCGAACGCUACGAAUCAUCUAUUCAAGGACGCUGGGAAAAUGAAUCCGAGGCUGAGAGACGGGAUGUAUUGAACCAAGCUUGGGGUUUAUCACCGCCGAUGGCUCUUGAGCAUCGUCCUGACUUGACGCACCUAAAACACCAAUGCGUCGGGCUCGUAUGUAAUGAGGGCAACAUCACUAAUGUCUCGAAGCGGCCCCAUUUCUUGUGGCCCAAUAUCAACCUCGAGGAUCUCGGCAAGACGGAGCCAUUCUUACUCUUGCUUAACGCUCGCGGUAGAAAUCCGCCGUCGACAUUUGCCUUCGCCGAACUCGAACCGCUCGUGUUUGGUAUCAGGUCCGGUUCUUUGCGCAUACCUCCAUUUCUGAACGGGUGGAAUAUGAGAUUUAUGGGUAGAGAUAGUCCUGAUACUUACGGAGAGUUGGUCUCCUGGGAAGAUGACCCUGAUGCACAUCAGCAAUUACAGCGCCGUCGUGAUGUGAGCCCUGGCGAAGGACUCUGGAUCCUUGAGAUACAGGACCGCCUGUACCGAUUCUUGCUCGAUACAUGCAAGAUAAUCCUUCACGACACGGACCUGGAAGACAAGCAGAGUCAAGUCGAGCCGAAGCCCCGUGUCUCGAUCGCCAAGUACAAAGGCGAUGUUGCUACCUCUCUCAUAUUUUCUCAAUAUGAGUCUAUUUACCACGUACCUGCAAAGCUUGAUAUGAGAAGGCUUCAGAGUCUAAUCGGCGCCAAGCUAUCUCAAGUCGAAGAUACCCUAUGGGCAUUACGUGAAGAUCCUGGGUUUUUCGCCUCUAGCCUCUUGGAGCUGUACCAACACCGUCCCGAGCAUAUCCUUGACGUCAACGGCAAUAUCUACCCGUCUGUAGCAACUGAGGAUGGCCGUGAAGAAGUGCUAAUCUCUACCGUCCGUUCUAUGCUAAGUUACUACUUGCCCGUGGUCGAGACUUGGAGCUACGUGUACGAACUAGUCAACCGCCUCGCCUUACUAAAAGACGAGCUUUUCGAUCGUGCCGAGGCAGAUACACAACCAGAAGAUGACUUACCGCUUGGCUUAGAAAUAGCAUUCCGCUCGCUGCGGCACCAUCUAGACCAUUUCCUGAAAGAGCUUCUUCCCGCAGUCAAUAGGUGGGCGCGCUGGUCACCACCCAUCCAGCCCCUAUACCGGCUGAACGUACCCGAAAGCCCGGACGCAAAGCUGAGCAUCACAACUGGUAGCACCGAGCCGAACCCAAUAGAAGCUGUUUAUCUUUGGGUGCUGCACAUGAUGGCCGAUCCGACCAACCUGAAAAGCAUUGGAGUCAACUCGUGCGUCCAAGAGGUAGAGCGUAUCGCCCACGAUCCGGAAGGCCGGAAGUUCUUUACGCCCUUUGUGGCAGAGCAAUUUUCCGAUAUUUUCGUCAUGGCCGAAAGUAUACGCCAGAUAGAUCUCUUUCAACCGUGGGCAACAGCGUUCGAGACUUCAAUAAAAGACAAGGGCGCGCGGAGGCAAAUAUCCGACGAGUUCAAGCAUACGGCUAAGGCCCUGGGUCCCUUAUAUAAGCUUGAAUUGCCUAGUAGUGCGGGAAAGCUCGGCGCUAUGCUGACCAGAAUGAGAUAUCCCAUCGACGAACCCCUUAACAAGACUACCGUCGAGGCCGUGCAAGCAGCCGAGAAAACUCUAGAUGCCUUCUGGAAUGAGGUAAUAACCCAACUCCAACAAGCUGGGCUCUGGACUGGACGCGUAAAGGAUGUACUUGGCAAAGAGCCUGAGCGGACACGUCCGUGGGUCGAGCCGUCUGAUAAGGCUUCAUCUGACGACGCUGUAGCGAGUGUUCCUGAAACCCAACCAAGCUUUCAGCCACUACAGGAACAGCAGCAGCCCUCGUUGAAAGUUGACGAACGCGCAAGAAAAGUCUUCGCAACGCUCUUCAACGUGCCAUCCCCCGCCAAGACCUCAUCACAGGGGAAAAUUUCAUGGGAAGACUUCCUCUACGCCAUGCACCACGUCGGUUUCGAGAUCGAGGAGCUGGGCGGAUCGAACUGGCACUUCACCCCUAGACUUACAUUACUAGAUCGAGGCCAAGGAUAUACGCGCGCCAUCCAGUUCCACGAGCCGGGCCCUGGCGCGAAUAUAACGUCUCUUGUGGCGAGGAUAUACGGCAGAAGACUUGCUAGAAUAUACGGAUGGCGUGGUGAGAUGUUUACUGAAGAAGACGGUGGCGAAUAAGGAUGCUGGGAUGUUUUAACGUAGCAAGACGUUUAUGAGGGUUUGAAUUUUCUGAGAUACCCUUGGAUCCUUCCACAAAUACGAGCUUUGGAUUUCCCGAGUAAGGUGCUCGGUGUAUUAAUUGCUGCGAUGCUUGGCCUGAGCCUUGAUCUCACUAUAUCUCACCUCAAAAAAAGACUAAUGCAAGGGCUUAUUGUCAAGUUGUGGGGUAUAGCAUUUACUAAUAAUAAUAACUCACGUCAGAAGUUUGAAGACGAAGAUGAAAUAGUUCAGAUGAGCUGAGUGAGAGUGGUGGAGAUGUUGAUUCCUUUCAUCGCGUAGGAUUUAUAAAAUGUCGAUCGAUCCCGGUUCUCAAGAAACGACAAC